AUGACAGACUCUGCAAACGCGGUGGUUGAACCACGAGUAUGCGUUGCCUGCAACAAGUCUGAGGUCGAACUGCCUACUGGCCCUGGCUUGAAAAGAUGUGGCCGCUGCCAGAAGGUGAAAUACUGCUCCAAAGGUUCGUCAGCAGUAGCGACAACUCACUGGCCGCAACAUAAGGCCGUGUGUCGACGACCGACCGCAACAAACACCAGCACGACGCCUCGCCCACCUCCCUACCCCCACCUUCUCCACUUCUUCACCCAAUUCCAGACCAACGAGUCUAAGACCUAUGAGAUGCUCAUCGACACAUUCCGCCUCCGCUGCGAGGACGACUAUGUUCACGGCGCUCACAACCACGGCAUCUACGGCAACGACCCCCCGCUCCCAGUGUUCCGGGAUUUCCUGACUCGCGUCAAGGCUGCGAGGAUGUUGCCGCAGUGGUGGAAUGAGGAGAAGGAGAAGGAGUGUGAGCGGAUGGCGAUGGAGGAUGAACACUUUAACAUCCAAUUUGCGGUGGAGAAACCGGAUAUCCAGGAAUACUACCAGGAUAACAUGAUGCCGAUGACGCUGCGAAUGGUUGCAGAGAAUGUGUAUGGGGGCGGGUAUGGGAUAGGGCAGAGGCCGAUGCCAGAGGAUUAUGUGUGUCAGUGUCGAGGGUAG